UGGGGGAGGGCUAGACCGUGGCUCAGGUGGCUAUCCCUGAACAUCACUUGAUGGCGUGGUUCACCAACGAGAAGGUGGCGUCAAAACUGACUUUAAAUCUCCAAUGAUUGGCGCAACGGAAAGAUACCCGAAUGGGGUGACAUGCUGGCGCUUCUGCUCUGCAAAUAACGUUUCGGGCAUAACCCAGGGAGGAUUUGCCAGGUAGAGCUGGGUUGAAAGCAGAAACAUUGCGGUGCUCAGUCCAGGAGCAAACAAAAGACGAGACACGGACAACACGAGCAAGGUCGAUGUAUUGGCGACACAGGGACAGCGGGGGGCGCACUGGUCCGGUUGCGCCUCGCUGGUACAGCUCAGUUACAAACCUGCCUGCGGGAGAGCUGAUGCGGUUCAGGAAUUAAGGUCCCGAGUCUCUGACCAGGGGCUUCAGCAGAAGAGAACCCGAGUGUCGAAAGAUGCUGGACGGCAUAAAAAUGGAGGAUCACCCGUUACGUUCAGGUCCUGCUACCCUGGGAAUGCUACUGGGUUCUGACUGUAAACAUAAAGAAGUAUGUGACGGUUGUCAAAGACCUAUCGAAGAUCGCUUCCUGAUGAGAGUGAAUGAAGCUUCCUGGCACGAACAUUGUUUGCAGUGUACCGUGUGUCAACAGCCUCUCACCAGGAGCUGUUAUUUCCGAGACAGGAAACUUUACUGCAAACACGACUACGAACAAUUGUUUGCCACGAAAUGCAAUGGUUGCAUGGAGAAGAUAGCACCGACAGAAUUUGUGAUGCGAGCUUUAGAAUGCGUUUACCAUCUGAGCUGUUUUUGUUGCUGUGUUUGCGAAAGACAACUGAGGAAAGGUGACGAGUAUGUUUUGAAAGAGGGGCAGCUGCUUUGCAAAAGUGACUAUGAGAAAGAAAAAGAACUGCUGAGCUCUGUUAGCCCUGAUGAUUCUGACUCAGUGAAAAGUGAUGAUGAAGAUCUUGACAUUAAACCAAAUAAAGUUCAGGGAAUUCAGGGAAAGGCUUGCGAAGACGCCAAGGAUCAGAGACGGCCAAAGCGUCCCAGGACAAUUCUUACAACACAGCAAAGGAGAGCAUUUAAAGCGUCAUUUGAAGUUUCUUCCAAACCAUGCAGAAAGGUCAGAGAGACGCUCGCAGCAGAAACGGGGCUCAGUGUCAGAGUAGUUCAAGUAUGGUUCCAAAAUCAAAGAGCCAAGAUGAAAAAGUUGGCUCGAAGACAACAGCAGCAACAAGAACAACAGAACGGUCAGCGGCUAGGACAAGAAGUUAUGUCAAGUAGAAUGGAUGGGAUGAUAAAUUCGUAUGCACCAGUUGCACCUCCACAGCAACAACUUGUGUCCAUGGACCAAAAUGGUUACAACUCUGAUCCAUUUCAACAAGGACUCACUCCACCUCAAAUGCCAGGGGACCACAUGAAUCCAUAUGGAAAUGACUCCCUCUUCCAAGAUAUCGACAGCGACACCUCCCUCACCAGCUUGAGCGACUGUUUUCUUGCCUCAUCAGAAGUUAACCCCAUGCAAGCUAGAGUGGGGAACCCUAUCGACAGGCUCUACUCCAUGCAGAACUCAUAUUUUGCUUCGUGAAAGCAGCAGGACUUGAGAAGAAAUCUGAUGUAGUACAGUGACUUUAAAUCGGAGGCAGUGAUGCAGGGAAGAAUGGAAAAACGAAAGAAAGAAAACUGUACAGCCAUAUAUUACCUUAUUCUUGCCUCAUAAUGAACUUAUCCACUAUUUCCCAUGUGGCAGAGAAACUGACAGCAAGAAGAUAAUGAAAGUGACACACAAAAAGACAAAUUCAAUAGAAUUCAAAUCAGCACGACAAUGGAAGCAUGGGACAUAAAGACUGCAGCUGCAUUCCAUUGUUUCAAUGUUUUUAUACAAAUACUCCAGAACUUAUUGUUCUUAAGCAUAUACAUCAAAAUUUGGGGAUCUCAUCUCAGCCUCUUCCCUGCUAUUCUCUGUUUAUUACAUUUUUUUUGGUAACAACUGGAUCUCAAUGAGUUUAAAAAUAUUUUACAUGACCAAUUCUCCACGUGCUCAGUGUAAAAGAGGUUAGAAAAUGUCAUACUUCAUUUUCACCUUAGUCAGAUACCUAUGCAUAAAACAGCAAGUAGGCUAAUUUGUUCUGAGCUCCCUUGUGUUUUGCAUGAAUCAUCCCUCUUGCAGGGUAACAGCCAAGACUUUAUUAAGCUAUAAACUGUUAGUGCUUAAAUAUGGACUGCCAUUUCCUUUCACAGUAUUUGCUGCGUAUGGCUGAAACAAGGUUUCCCCAUUCAAGCAUAGUCUACAAUGUGGAACAGUGCGUGACUCACACUGUUGUCAGCACCAUCACGUGAGUGCCAAGAAAUGGAAAAAUUGUUUGCGAAGGUGGCUGUCGAUAAUUUGCCAAAAUUGAAAACCAGAAUUAGUUUUCACCUGCUAUUUCAAAAUAUUUUAGAGACUAAGAGGUGUUGCUUCAUGCAGUUUAGCAUGUCAGACCCGUUUUCACUAUUACAUUGCCUACAUUGCUACACAUCAUGUAGGUCCAAAUAUGAAGCCUAUAUGCAGCCAUGUCAUAUAUUAAAUUAAAGUCUUGGUAGUGGAGGUGAUUACAAUGCCAAGGUUUAGAUUUUCUGGUGGAGGUGACAAAGCGUCCCCCAACCCUGACAAAAUCAAAAUGUACAAUGAGUGAAGUUAUACUGUGGUAAAACUUACUUCUUGAUCACAAUAACUUACUGCAUCAACAAAAUUGCUGAAUAUUCAGCAUGAUGAAUAUGUUGAUAAAUGGGGAGAUAUUAUGCAAGAUCGAGACAAGUAAUUGACAAAUUGUAUAAAAGCAGAGACAUGAAGCCCCUCUCCCUCACUGCUCCAUAUCCAUCAUAGUCAGCAAAUAAUUGGCAUUAUAGAGGUAGUGUGAGAAAUCAGUCUACAUUUACUUCAGCAGUGUUACAGUUUUAUAUUACUGUGUAUCACAGUAUCUCUGUGAUAAAUGCUUAGAGAUUGCAAACCAAAGGUAAUUGUUGAAAGCUAACCUCAUCUUUUUAAUUCAAAAUAUACAAGCAAAAUUUGAUCUAUAACUCAACUGUGAGCCACUGUUCUCUAAUGUUAAUUCAACAACAUAAGCACCCCAGAAACAAAAACAUAUUCCACUGGUAGAGGUCGGAUCUAUGAGAGUAGAAAUACAAGUACUAUUACAAUCAUUUGUUUCAUAAUUCAUCCCAUGUAAUGGUAAUUUCUGUGCUUUGACCUGAGAGUUCCAGUAAAAGAUUAAGCCUGAAAGCAGCCUUUGACCUUUCUGAUUUUGUUUGCCUCAUUUUGGGACUGCCAUGGGACAGUAUGAUUGCUCAAGUGAGGAUAAUGUGCUUUAACUAAAGCAAUACUUUAAAGCGAAAAGUAAAUUGACAAACUCCUGUCAGGCACCCUUAGCAUUUGAUGUGUUCACUCAGACAGCAUGCCAUUGAUUAUACAAUUGGGACUUGGAAGGUUGUGGGUCAAGGCAACUGCAGUUUAUUAGUCUUCCCAUACAAUGAUUGCUCUCUAUAGGUACCUGGGGAGGAAAUCAGCCUCUUUACUGUAUGCAUGCAUCAAAUUAUAUAGUAAUUCCAUUGUCAUUCAAAGUGAAUUUUCUAUUGAGGAAAGCAGAAGGAACAGUUUACAGAAUGAUGAUUGAUUACGCCAAUAUGCUGAGAGUUCCGUUAGUGCUGCAGUGACUAUGUUCAUGUAAACUUAACUACUAAUAAUUUGGGUUGCCACCUCUUGUAAUUCUAUUGAAUAUGGUAAGCCGGUUUAAAAAGCAUAGAACAUAGAACAUAGAACAUAGAACAUUACAGCGCAGUACAGGCCCUUCGGCCCUCGAUGUUGCGCCAACCUGUGAAACCAAUCUGAAGCAUGUUUGUUUAAAGAAUAUGCCUUUAAAUCUGCAAUGUUUUACUUUGGAUUAUAUCCUUAAACCUGAAACCAUGUUUGAUAUGAAGCAGUUUAAAAAAUCUUCUUGUCGACCAGUUGUAAAGAAUAGUAGAGACAAAAGCAUAAAUUAUCAACACAUCAACUGCCAAAUGUUUUUUUUUCCUGUUAACUCCCUCGUUUGUGUAUAUUUGUAUUUUAAUGCCACACAACUUUUGGAGAUUAUAAAAUUGUCUACUAUUUACAGUUACAUGAGAUAGUGAAAAAUGACCUGGAAUACUGUAAGAGUCAAAACUAAUAUCAACAAAGUCCUGAGGUGCUUAAAUCCAUUCAAAGGAAGUGUGAAUGAAAAUGAUUACUAAGUUCACUGAAGAACAUUUUCUUUGCUCUUUGUUAAUUGGUGUAUAAAACUGGAUGGAGUAUUGAAUAUUACUGUCACCCACAUUCCCAUGGCUGAACUUUGAAGUGAAACCAUACCAGGAGGGUUAUCAUCCGAAAGGUUCUGCGUCUUUAAAAAAAAUCACAAAAAUGGGAAUAAUAUAAAUUCUGUAUAAAGUUAUGUACAGUGAAUUUUCUUACAUUUUGGUGUGCCCCGUAGCUUAGAACAAAAGACAAGCAAACCUCUGUCUCCUUUAUUGAAGGUUGUCCAUGAUUUCAGUAAGGCUGUAUGUAUUGUAAAUUUAUAUAUUCUGUAUUUAUGUUAGAUUGAGUGUAGAAUUUUUAUAGUUGUGUCUGCUAUACUUGUCACCAACUUGUAAACAAACCCAUGCUAUAAUAUGUAGCAUCUAUGACUUUUCUUUUGCAACAUUAUUUAGUGACAGCUCUGGUUUCUUGAUCCCUCCCUUCCCUUCCCCACCUCAGUCAGGCAUGAAACUUUGCAUUUGUGUGUAGAACAUAUUUUAUUAUUUAAAUUACUUGUUAUUUUUAAAUUAUUUAUUAGUGUUUCUCGAGUUCAUUUUGUGGCAUUGUUAAAUAAAAGGAGUUUUUGUACAACCUCUUGCUUUACAAUAACCACCUCACAUUGUUUUGGCAUAUGUAACACUGCAUUCUCCAGUAGUUUCUCUGUAUAUGUUAUUUCCUGGUAAUUUUAUAGUUGCUCUCACUUACCAAUUAGCGAA